UUUCAGGGAUUCGACCGUUGUCUCAACUACGGAAUUACCACCAAACGCAAUCGUUCACAUGAGACACAAGCACCAUAGAUUAGAACCUCUCGGGCUUUCGCCGUGUGGCCAGCCUCUUGAGCCCUUGACUGAGCUGGCUAAGAAACUUGCAUUGCGCCCUCGUCAGCAUCUUCUCAAAUUUCGCCUCGACAAGGCAGGACGUCCAUUACUUGAGAGUAUCGUCGAAGGAGUCAAGAAUGAAGCUGCAUGGGGCCAAACCAGGGGAGUAUUGGCUCCUCAUCCGUGUACCCGCUGUGCCUUUGGCCAGGGGCCCUUCUCAACUUGCAUUACCGUUGGAAAGCGAUGUUCGAACUGUCAUUUUGAUGGGGCUAGCUGCUCGUUCUGUAAGUCAGCCACUAGCGCGCUGGGUUGGUCGGUGCCUUUGAUUAACGGCAAUAGUUUCCUCAUCCUCGUCAAAUUCUACUUCUCGCGCUCUGUUGAAAGAUUCUCAAUCAACGCCGCUAAUGUUUGGAGCUAGGAAUGGUCAACCUGAGGUACGAAUAUAGGUUCCAGCCCCAAGCAAAGGAUCGAGAGCCCUAGUACGCUAACCUCCAACCGGGAACUAAGGC